AUGAGACAUAAAUUCGUAUCCAAGCUCGGCAUCUUCCGUGAUUUGACUUAUUAUGAUAACGGAUGGAGAGGAUUUGAAAAGUCUGAACCAAGUGCCUUCUACUCACUUGCUUACUUUAUUGCUGCUCCUUUCCUCCCUUUGGUUACUUACUUCGGAUACAAGGCCUUCAAUGUUGAUGCUGCCAAUGCCUAUCCAUUUGUUGAUUCUAGACUUAAACAUUUAUAUUUCAAUGAAAAACAAACUGGUAAUGAUGAUGUUGGUGCUGUUUUCGAAUAUCACUAUGAUGACGGAUCAAAGGAAGUUGCUUUCACAAAGAAAUAA